AUGCUGGGCUGGAGGGUGGCGGUGUGGCUGGCCGGGCUGGCCCUGGCCGGCGAGCUGUGCCGCGGCUCCGGCCUCGAUGACGACUACCCGGGCGACUUGGCCGAGGAGGACGGGGCGGAGGCGAUCGACUACAAGGACCCUUGCAAAGCCGCUGUCUUUUGGGGAGAUAUUGCCUUAGAUGAUGAAGACUUAAAAAUCUUUCAGAUUGACAGGACAAUUGAUCUUACGCAACAUUCAAACGAAAGACUCGGACAUAAUACAGGUGGCUUUGGAGAGAGUGAAACAUCCAAAAAGAGUGACGCCCUGUAUCAGCUUAUCGACAGGAUAAGAAGAUUUGGCUCAGGUUUUGAUGAAAAUAAUGCAACUAAGGGAAAAUCAGCCCUAACAUUCUCAGGAAGCUAUGAGAGGAAAAGGUUUCCCAGAGCAGCUACAUCACGGACAGAAAGAAUAUGGCCAGGAGGUGUCAUUCCAUAUGUUAUAGGAGGGAAUUUCACUGGUAGCCAGCGAGCAAUGUUCAAGCAGGCAAUGCGGCACUGGGAAAAAUAUACCUGUGUUACGUUCAUUGAGCGGAGCGAUGAGGAAAGUUACAUUGUGUUUACAUACAGGCCUUGUGGGUGCUGCUCUUAUGUAGGCCGAAGGGGUAAUGGUCCUCAGGCAAUAUCUAUCGGUAAGAACUGUGAUAAAUUUGGAAUUGUUGUUCAUGAGCUGGGACAUGUGAUAGGAUUUUGGCAUGAACAUACAAGACCAGACAGAGACGAUCAUGUAACCAUCAUCAGAGAAAACAUCCAGCCAGGUCAAGAAUACAACUUUUUGAAGAUGGAGCCUGGGGAAGUGAAUUCUUUGGGGGAAUCAUAUGAUUUUGAUAGUAUUAUGCAUUAUGCCAGGAACACCUUCUCAAGGGGCAUGUUUCUGGAUACCAUACUUCCUUCCCGUGAUGACAAUGGUAUACGACCUGCCAUUGGUCAGCGUACCCGAUUAAGUAAAGGUGACAUUGCACAAGCAAGAAAGCUGUACAGAUGUCCAGCAUGUGGUGAAACAUUGCAAGAGUCCACAGGCAACUUUUCCUCUCCUGGAUUUCCAAAUGGCUAUCCUUCGUACACACACUGCAUAUGGAGAAUUUCAGUGACACCAGGAGAGAAGAUUGUCUUAAACUUCACUACAAUGGACCUCUAUAAAAGCAGUCUCUGCUGGUAUGACUACAUCGAAGUAAGAGAUGGCUACUGGAGAAAAUCAUCUCUGCUUGGUAGAUUCUGCGGUGACAAGCUCCCAGAUGUCCUUACAUCUAGUGACAGCCGAAUGUGGAUAGAGUUCCGUAGCAGCAGUAACUGGGUGGGAAAAGGUUUUGCAGCCAUUUAUGAAGCAAUCUGUGGAGGUGAAAUACACAAAAACGAAGGCCAGAUCCAGUCUCCUAAUUAUCCUGAUGACUACAGACCAAUGAAGGAAUGUGUGUGGAAAAUAACAGUGUCAGAGAACUACAAUGUCGGAUUAACCUUUCAGGCAUUUGAGAUUGAGAGACAUGACAACUGUGCCUAUGAUUACUUAGAAGUCCGAGAUGGAACCAGUGAAAGCAGUCCUUUGGUUGGCCACUUUUGUGGCUAUGAUAAACCAGAAGACAUAAGAUCUACCUCCAAUACCCUGUGGAUGAAGUUUGUUUCUGAUGGAACAGUCAACAAAGCAGGGUUUGCUGCUAACUUUUUUAAAGAGGAAGAUGAAUGUGCCAAACCUGAUAAUGGUGGAUGUGAACAGCGGUGUGUUAAUACACUGGGCAGCUACCAAUGUGCUUGCGAUCCAGGGUAUGAGCUUGGGCCUGAUAAGAAGAGUUGUGAAGCUGCUUGUGGAGGACUUUUGACAAAACUGAAUGGGACAAUUACAACACCAGGAUGGCCCAAAGAAUACCCUCCAAACAAAAACUGUGUGUGGCAGGUGGUGGCUCCUACCCAAUACAGAAUCUCAAUGAAGUUUGAGUUUUUUGAAUUGGAAGGAAAUGAAGUUUGCAAAUACGAUUAUGUAGAGAUUCGUAGUGGCCUUUCUUCUGAUUCCAAACUGCAUGGCAAAUUUUGUGGUACAGAAGUGCCUGGAGUUAUUACAUCACAAUACAACAAUAUGAGAAUUGAGUUCAAAUCCGAUAACACAGUUUCAAAAAAAGGUUUCAAGGCCCACUUCUUUUCAGACAAGGACGAAUGCUCUAAGGACAACGGAGGCUGCCAGCAUGAAUGCAUCAACACUGUCGGAAGCUAUGUGUGUCAGUGCCGCAAUGGAUUUGUGCUACAUGAAAACAAACAUGACUGCAAAGAAGCCGAGUGUGAACAGAAGAUCCAUAGUCCAAGUGGAAUUAUCACAAGCCCUAACUGGCCGGACAAGUACCCGAGCAGGAAGGAAUGUACAUGGGAAAUCAGUGCCACACCGGGACACAGAGUCAAAAUAAUUUUUAAUGAGUUUGAAAUAGAACAACAUCAGGAAUGUGCUUAUGACCAUCUGGAGGUGUUUGAUGGAGAAACGGAAAAAUCACCAAUUCUUGGACGUUUGUGUGGAAAUAAGAUACCGGAUCCUCUUGUCGCCACAGGAAAUCAAAUGUUCCUUCGCUUUAUUUCUGAUGCUUCAGUACAGAGAAAAGGCUUCCAAGCUACACACACUACAGAGUGUGGUGGUCGUCUGAAAGCAGAAAGCAAAACAAGAGACCUCUACUCUCAUGCUCAGUUUGGCGAUAACAACUAUCCAGUUCAAGCGGACUGUGAGUGGCUAAUAGCGACGGACCGUGGCUAUCGGAUAGAAUUGACUUUUCAAACUUUUGAGGUGGAAGAAGAGGCAGACUGUGGUUAUGACUACUUAGAACUUUUCGAUGGCCAUGAUACAGCUGCUCUGAGGCUUGGUCGGUUUUGUGGAUCGGGGCCGCCUGAAGAAGUUUACUCAGCAGGCGACACUAUCCUACUCCAUUUUCACACGGAUGAUACAAUCAACAAGAAAGGAUUCCAUAUACGAUACCGAAGUAUAAAACGUCAGGAUAACGUUCACACCAAAAAAUAACACACGAUCCCUUAGAUCACCAUAAAAAGAGACACAGAGAGAAAUGUUAUGGAGAAAGAGGGGU